UCACUCACAAAACAUGAAUCGUCGCCCUGGUGCUAUUCAUCCGACCUCGAACUUUAUUUUUGCAAUGCGGCCCGACAGACAUUUUACAGGACCGUGACACACGCACCUUUUGCUUUUUCUCACACCCAACACGCCCCCGCGACCUGCAGCAGCUUGCGAACAGGAGGAGCGCGUCUAGAUCACCGCCCGACAUGGUCAAGCUUAUGGCGGACCAAAGCUCAUACGAUACGCACGAUGCUAGUAGCCGAUCACUUGCGCCUUCCUCAUCCGAAGUAACCUCGUCCUCGCCACGUGCUAUCAACCCUUCUCUCGCCCCCGCUGUUGUCGCGCCAGCGUCGCGUACCUUCUUCGACCCUUGGAAUAGCAGCUCUACCGGCCACCAGCGCGCAGAAAAUCGUCUCUCAGGUUCUACAUCAUGGCGCGAUUCACGGAACUUGAAGCUUGGCGAGCAAUAUAAAGGUGGGUUGACUGGUGGCCGGAAGAGGGUAGCAGACACAGUUGGUGCAGGCAGUGAAGACUUUGGCGAAGAUGGAAGGAAGGCCAAUGGCGGGUGGGACAAGGGCGCAAAGGGCCUGCGAACUGGCGGACAGAAGAGCCUAGCUGAGGUCUGGGGUGCUAGCAAGACGGACAGGAAGAUAUCAAACGGGAAGCACCCCGAAGUCGACCGUGGUCAGUCUGAGCAUGUCCCGUCUCAUUCGGGUCAUAUAGAAGGCCAUCUUGAUUAUGAUAAAGCAGACGACUCCAACUCAAAUCCCCAUGACGACCCUCCCUGCCCCCCUUCGGCCCUUCCUGAGAAACAAAUAUUUACUGGCCUAUGUUUCUACGUAAACGGCUCAACCGCUCCCUUGGUCUCCGACCACAAGCUGAAACACCUACUGGCUGCCCAUGGUGCCAGACACUCGAUUGCAUUAGGCCGACGUUCCGUGACGCACGUCAUCCUAGCUGCAGCAAACGCACGUGGUGGCAUAGGCGGCGGAUUAGCUGCAAGCAAGAUACAGAAGGAGAUUGCAAGGAGUGCUGGAAAAGCUGUCAAAUUCAUCACUGCUGAAUGGGUCCUCGAGAGUAUCAAAGCAAACCGCCGCCUGCCUGAAUCACGCUUCUCGCCGCUAAAGCUUGCCCCGAAGACUCAAAACAGCGUCCUCAACAUGAUGCGCCCAAGGCAAGAACAAGGAUGAAACUGGGUCCAGAGGACCGCAUCUAUCCUGAUUAGAAUCAAACUUUUCCGCAGACUUGUAUGACAGACUUUAAGCAUGCUGUAGGAUCUGACUCUAACGAAUCAAGAAGAGAGACUUCCAAGGUCUAUAUGAAGCCGUCUCGCGUCUAUAGUCCUUUAGACCAGCUGCUGAUUCCACCAACAUGUCGCAUAUAGAGACUUCUCGAGGAAGCUAGGGAAGUAACAUGACGCAGAUCAACUGUGCGAUGUAAGCUUACCGCAGGCGGGUGUGCAUCGUGCCACAAGUAAGAAGCCAAUGGUAAAACCAAUUGCCCAACACUUUUUGAUCCUCUCUGUAGCUGAGUGAUCUGCACGUGGAAAUAGCGGUAUCUCACGUCAAUUGUCGCCGUCAAACGGCCUGGUAUUGAAGUAGUCUAUAUAGACGAACACAGUCAGGCAAUGUCAACUUUGAAAUGAUGAUCCGUGA